CAUACCAUUGGAAGGUAAUAGCUCCAAAGAACCAAUUUUUCUAAAGAUGGUUUAAUGAUGGGUGGGAUGAAUCAUCUAUGCACUAAAGUCCUUCAUGAUGUGAAAUUACAAAUAUACCCUCUCUCCACAAUAAAUUAAAACACCUCAAGAUUCUAUAGUCAAAAGCUCAACAAACUCCACCAUGGCUAUAGGUUUAAGCUCUCCAUCCAUUCUAUAUAUCUCCACCAUUCUUAUUACUCUUUUCUUCUCUACAUCCUCUCAAACUUGUUCAAAUCACACUUUUACAUCCAAAAGAUCCUUCACUUCCUGCAAAGACCUUCCAUAUCUCAAUGCUCAUCUUCACUGGACUUACUUCAAGUCCACAAAUCAAUCCAAGAUCGCAUUUCGGGCCCCACACGCUCCAAAGGGGUGGAUCGCAUGGGCAAUCAAUCCAUACAGAAGAAGCAUGGUUGGAUCACAAGCACUCAUAGCUUUUAAGAAUACUAAAGGCAUGAUGUCAGCAUACACAACAACAAUCACAGUUGUGGGUCCACUUGUAAAUGGGCCGGUUGUUAACCAAGUGUGGCAAGUUGGGAGCUUGGAUCAGAAUGGUGUUCCUAUGAUGCACGAAAUGGAGUUUCAGAAUCUUCAAUCGAAAGAUGUUAUUGAUUUUUCGUCUUUUUGA